AUGGCAGAAGAGGCUCCGUCGAUAAGCAUUGAUGCAAUCUCAUAUUUUAAUGGAAGCGGCAUGAUCACCGUAACCGAAUGCAUUGAUUUGCCUCCCCUGGUCCAUUCACAAGGCAUUUGGACCUACAUUCAUUCUGGGACUGUGCAGUCUACGCUCCCACUACUUCAGCUGCAGAUGGUUGUCAUUUUCACCCUCACCCAAGCCUCCCAUUACAUUCUUAAGCGUUAUGGAGUCCCCAAGUUUACCACACAACUUCUCGUCGGCAUAAUCCUUGGUCCAUCUCUUCUCGGACGCCUCAGAAUAUUCAGCAUUGUUCUGUUCUCGAUUAAUAGUCAAGAAAUAAUUGGUAUGCUAUCUGUCCUUAGUUACGCACUCUUUUCUUUUGUGACUGGGGUGAAAAUGGAUAUAGGAAUGAUAAAAAGAACCGGAAGAAAAGCUUGGAUUACCGGUGUUGCAUGCAUGUUGUUGCCUUUGCUAAUUAACUUGUUAGUCCAAACGAAAUUUAGAAGAGAGUGGGUGAAAGACGAAGAAGUAUAUAUGAUUCCAUUUUUAACAGUAGCACAUUGUGUAACUCCAUUUGUGGUCCUUGCUUGCCUCCUUGAGGACCUCAAGAUUCUGAAUUCUGAACUGGGUCGAUUAGGCCUAUCUGCAGCAUUGGUAAGUGAUAUCUUAAGCAUCUCGAUUACAAUCGGUGGCACCUUGUUUAAAAUUAGCCAGGAGCAAGGUAGUAUGCUCGCUGCUAUAGAUUUUGGAGCAGUCAUCACCUAUGUUAUCGUCAUUGUAUUUGCAAUUCGACCAGCAAUGUUUUGGGUAAUAAGGCAGACACCGGAAGGCAGGCCUGUCAAAGACACAUACAUUCAUACCAUCAUGCUAAUGGUCCUUGGCUCUGGGUAUCUUUCUCAUUUGUUUGGUCAGACUUUACUCUUUGGACCUCUCAUUUUGGGUUUGGCAGUACCAGAUGGACCACCUUUAGGAUCAACUAUUGUCAAAAAGUUCAGUUGCCUCAUUUCAGAUGUGUUUCUGCCACUUUUCGUGACUACUUGUGGGAUGAGGACAAAUCUGAGUUUAAUCGUAUUCGAUAAUAGAUUCAUGGCACUCAACGGAAUCCUCAUUGUUUCGACUUCUGUGGCCAAACUAGUGGCUUGUUUGGUUCCUUUCUUAUACUCCAAAAUGCCCUUAAAUGAUGCUCUGGCACUUGCUCUUUUAUUGAGUUGCAAAGGUGUAAUCCAACUUUUUUACUAUUCAUAUCUCGAAGAUACCAAGAUCAUAACAGAUCAGGUGUUCGCUUUGUCAUGUGUUAGCAUCCUAGUGACUGCAAUUUUCGUGCCAAUCUUGGUGAAGUUCCUGUAUAAUCCUUCAAGAAAAUAUGCAGGUUACCAAAAAAGGGACAUUAUGCAUUGCAGAGACAUUGCAGAGCUCCGAAUCUUAGUAUGCAUUCAUAGGCCAAAUAACAUUGCUGCUGUAACCAAACUACUUGAAGUCUCGUGUCCAUCUACUGAAAAGCCCCUUGCUGUUUAUGUGUUUCACCUUAUCGAGCUAAUUGGUCGAGCCUCUCCUAUUUUUAUUUCCCACCAAAUGCAGAAAAAGACAAUUUCCAAUCGUUCCUGUUCGGAAGAUGUCAUUCUCGCAUUCAAUCACUUUGAACAAGACAAUCAGGGUGUUGUGUCAGUAAACGCAUUCACAUCAAUCUCUCCACUCAAGUACAUGCACGAUGACAUAUGUAUCCUUGGAUUGGACAAACUCACAUCCCUUAUAGUACUGCCAUUCCAUCGAAAAUGGUCUAUUGAUGGUUCUGUUGAAUUAGAUGACAAUACCAUAAGGAACUUAAAUUGCAGUGUGCUUGAACUAGCCCCCUGCUCUGUUGGCAUUCUAAUUGAUCGUGGUCAUUUUAGCCGCUCAAUGAUUUCAUCGGAGUCAACAUGUUCUAUUGCCAUGAUCUUCUUAGGAGGUAAUGAUGAUCGAGAGGCAUUGACUUUUGCCAAGCGCAUGGGCAAUCACUCAAAAAUUAUCCUGACUGUGGUUAACUUCAUUGCCGCUGAAAAUGAAGGUGAUAACCACUGGGACAAAUUGCUUGACAAUGAGAUACUGAAGGAUUUUAAACUUAACAAUGUGGGUGAUGAAUAUGUGAUAUACCUAGAGGAGAUGGUGAAAGAUGGGCCUCAUAUGGCAUUGAUAGUUCGGUGUAUGAUGAACGAAUAUGACCUUAUAAUUGUUGGUAGAAGACAUAACGUAAACUCUCCGCAGACAUCUGGGCUUGCAGAAUGGAGUGAAUUUCCAGAGCUGGGAACUUUGGGAGACUUGCUUGCCUCAUCAGAUCUUAACAACGGAACUUCUAUUUUUGUGGUUCAACAACAAAAGAUGAAGACGUAG